UCUUCACACCCUCACACGUCACGAAAGAAAGAACUAUACGACGCUAUUGUCCCUCAUAAGCAUAUAAAAAACAUGACUACGGGCACAAACACAUAGUUGGGAACGCGUCGAAGAAGUUUGACCGCUAUCAAUAUUCAAUAUCCGUCGGGCGUCGGCUGAUUCCUUCAUUCUAUUCAUAUCACAGCCGAUUUUUGAUUUCGCCGCCUCCACUCCACAAAUCAAAAGGUAUUUAUUUAAUCCCGACCCGACCUUCUUCGCCGCAUUCCUUGUUCGUCUUCAUACCUUCCUCUCUGUUUGUUCGAUUCAUCAAUUCUUCAAUUUUACAAUAUAUAUCAUAUAUAAUUGGGUCUUUAAUUUUACAAUAAAAGAAAAAGAAAAACAAUAAUGGCUUCCUUCCUGCAGAGGCCCGUUCUUGCGGCCUCUGCCUUCGCAAUAGCUUCAGUUUCCGCAGACAAACUGAACCCUUUCAUAUCGUUGGAACAAUCAAAUCCUCCUCCUCCUCCCCUUAAACAAACAGAUUUAGAUUUCUCAUGGGUCUCCCUAAUUUCCAUGUCCAAAUUGCCCCAAUUCUCGCUUCUAAACAAAUUUCAUCUUCCCUUGCCCAAUCUGCCCAAUCUACCAACUCCAAUCCUCAACCCUAAUUCCAACCAUUCUUUCGUGUCGUCAUCAUCUCUCGUUUUACUCAAUUCAUACCAAUCUGCCGAUUGGACAAAAUCCGCUAAACCCGCUGCCUAUCCAUACAUCAAACCCGCAUUGCCAUCGGACGUUCUCUACAGAUGGCACUUGCCAGAUCCUAGUACUGUAUCUGGAAAAUCUGGUUGUUUGUCUGCUAAAUCUCGGACAGUAGUUGUUUUGGUGGGAUGGUUAGGCGCUAAACAGAAGCACCUGAAUAGAUAUGCUGCGUGGUACACGUCAAGAGGGUUUCAUGUUAUUACAUUUACGUUUCCAAUGUGGGAGGUUAUUGGGUAUAAAGUGGGUGGAAAAGCUGAGACGGAUGUUGAGCUGCUGGUGGACCAUCUUGCCGAGUGGUUGGAAGAGGAGCAUGGAAAGAAUUUGGUCUUCCAUACAUUUAGUAAUACGGGGUGGCUAACAUAUGGAGUCAUAUUGGAAAAGUUUCAAAAGAAGGAUUCUAGUUUGACGGAUAGAAUUAGAGGCUGCAUUGUGGAUUCUGCUCCUGUUGAUAACCCAGAUCCACAGGUUUUUGCUUGUGGAUUUUCUGCUGCUUUUCUGAAGAAAAACAGUGUUGCAACAAAAGGUUCUGUUUUUGAACCGGAUGUAGAUGUGAAGGAUGGAGAAAGAACCUCCAUUGAACUUAACCCUGCUUUAACUGAGGCAGCUCUGCUCGUCAUUUUGGAGAAGUUAUUUGGGGUGGUGCUGAAUCAGCCUUCCAUUAACCAGAGGCUUUGUGAUGUCCUAAGCCUGUUAAAAUCCAAACAGCCGAACUGUCCACAACUGUACAUUUAUAGCUCUGCUGACAGAGUUAUCCCGGCAACGUAUGUUGAGUCGUUCAUAGAGAAUCAGAGAAAGAGCGGACGUGAGGUCAGAGCUUGUAACUUCAUAAACACUCCACAUGUUGACCAUUUUCGCCAUCACCCAAACUUGUAUUCUUCUCAGCUUACCCAUUUUUUGGAGGAUUGUGUCCUCACAAGGUAGCUGCAAAACUAUGUUGCUAACUCAUUAUUGACUCACUCCAUUCUUUUUUACUUUUUGCUCAUUUUCAUCUCCUGAUUUGUACUUGUAAUAAGUGACAAGGAUACCAGACAGAUAUAUGAAACAUAACUUAUUGACUCUAUAGAGUUCAACAAGCCUUUACUGUCGUACACAGUUAUUUACAUAUGAUUUCUGUUUUCCUCGGUAACUGAGACAGAAUUUUGAAAUUGC